UAAUUUGUAAAACCAUAGCAUUCGGCGGCAUUAUUAAAAUAUUUUAUUAAUUUCCAAGUUGCCAAUUGUUGAGUUUUUAUAUUUUGGAUUGAAUUAUUUAAUUUCGAAACUUUCGUGUCUAACUUUUCUCAAACCUGAUCGGAUUUAAUAAUGUCACCCAAGAAACGACGUGGAGGGUCAAGAGGUCGUGGUAGAGGUAUAGCGAAAAGAAGAGGACCAAAACCUCGUCAACCUUUGUCUUCAGACACUCCUACUGCAGAUGAUACCGAUGCCGAGGGUACGUCCACGGAUGGUAAUGUGUCGUUCAAACAGAGGAGGUCACCUCCACAGUCACCAACCAGAAAAAAACAUGCUGAUUACAGUGAAGAGAGAGAGCUAUCAUUACCGCGAUUAAAACCUACUGUCAUUCCAGAAAAUUCUACAUUCCUAUCAAUGCUGGACCGUGAUAACAAAUCUGACUAUAUAAUGACAGAUGACGAAUUGGACCAUAUUCAAUGGGAUCUUGAAGCAAUGUUAACUAAUGUAAUUGUACGCAGAAAUACAAUAAGAGAUGAACUAAGCACUUUUGCAUCCAUGCAGUUUGCUCGCUCUCUACAUCGUAUGGCUAAAAACCCUAAACUUCCUACAAUUAGACCAAGAGCUGCUGCUGAAAUAUCACCUGUGAAUGAAUGUCGUAAGAUGAAGGUUGAAUUUGACCCUACUAGCAAAGAACUUCCGCCAAGCAAAACUGAAUCAGCAAAUAAAUUUUGGUCAUUGGUUGAACCAUAUCUGGCACAUGUAAAGAAAGAAGAUCUCAAAUGGUUAGAUGAUCUAGUUAAAUCGUAUAGCCCCAGUAAAAAAUUGUAUGAAAUUCCACCUUUGGGUGAACAUUAUGCAAAAACUUGGGCUAAAGAAGAGUUAGAAAUGCAAAAACAACAAUCAUCAUGUUCUCCACGUCCGCCUAAAAAACUUAAAUUUGCUGAACGUAUAGCCCCUGAUGUUGUAGAACUAGUGGAUAAAGCUAAUUCUGCUAUACAGGAUGGUAAUGUAUAUAUGCCAGUGUAUCAAAGAGUUGUAACAGCUCUUUUAGAUCAUUCAAAUAAUUCCUUAGAUGAUGCUGAAGAAAAUUUUCCAGAAUAUGAUGAUGUUGAAGAAAAACCACAAGAAAUGAGUAAUGUUUGUAAAGAAUUUUAUGCAGAACAAAGUGUCAAGAAACAAUUGAAUAAAUUAGGGCUCAUUGGUCGUAAUUCUAAACCGGUACCAUCACCGGAAGAUUCGCUGCCUUCUUUGGCUAUAGCUGAUGAGGAAAAUGAUGAAGUUUUAGAAGAACUAAACAAGUGUGAUAAUGCAUUAGCUCAAUUAAGAGAAAUGAACAAAAAUCAUUUAACUCUCUUAUUGGGAAGAUGUCGUAAAGAUUAUUAUCAACAACUUAUAAAAAAUAAAAUUGAAAAAGUAAAUAAUGAGAUUUUAAAUUUUAAGACUCAGCAAAAUGAAACAUGGUCAAAGGAAAAAAAAAUUGCUCAAAUGUCUGAAGAAGAUGAUGAACUGCAUUUUUUACUAAACCAACGUAGCAAUUAUCUUGGACAAUUGCAAUCACUGACAUCUGAAUUCAAUAAUUUGAACUUUAGUCCAUCUAUUUCAGACGAUUCAGAAUCGAGUGAUGAAAACUGCGAACCAUCUAAUGUACAUAUUAAAACUGAACCAUCUGAAAAUGAUGCUAGCGUAAGAAUGAACAAUCUAAUAAAUGAUGAUUGCCAGGUUGAAGAAAGUGUUGAAAUUAAUAUUAAAAAUGAAAUUAUUAAUGAGAAAAUGGAUGUUGAAGAAUCUAAUGACAAUAAUAAAGGUAAAGAAUAUGAUGAAAAUGUUGUUAAUGAAGAAGUUCAUGCUGAAGAAAUAGAAAUGACUGUAAACGAGGAAAAUCAAACAGAAAAGGACAACGAAGUAAAAAUUAACCAAGAGGAGCAAACAGAAUUGCAAACAAAUGUUAAGGUCAAUCCUCUUGUUCAGAUUAAAGAAGAAGAGAGUAGUUGUUCAGAGAAAUUUACUGUUGAACGACGGCGAAGAAAGUCUAAAAAACAUAAUUCUGAAAGUGAACAAACAUCCAAAAUUGAAUCAAGAAAACCAAUUAAAAUUAAACAGGAACCUGCUGACUAUGAUCUUGAAUUAGAUUCUUCAGAGGAUAUAAUUGAUGGUGUAAAAAGAGAGCUUCGACCUAGAAAGUUAAAUGAACCACACAUUUAUUUUGAGCCAUAUGAUGGUUCUACAAGCGAAGGAAGUGAUUUUACUGAUCUGUCAGAUUAAUUUUAAUACUAAGCAUACAACAAGUUGCACACUAACAACUUAAGUAUAGCAAAGGUCUCACUAUGUAUAAUGUAUAAAAAAAAGUUGAAGUCUGAUUAAUUUUUUCUUUUUUACAAUAUGUACAUAAUUUUACUGCAUCAGAGUAUAAGAUGAAUCAAGUAAAUUAAAAUAAUGAUAAUUAAUAAGAGAUAAAAAUACAAUAUUUUGCUUUCAUUUUUAACUUCAUGCCAUACAGACACAGAUUGUUAUGUAUAGUAUCAGAUAGAUACACAUAGUCUGUCAAGUGCAUUAGCCGUUAAUUCAUAAUUCUUAAUUUUGUUUAUUUUUUGUAGUUUUCAAAACUAGCCAAAUACUAUAAAAUUAUAUUAUAGUAGCC